GUUUCCGGUUAGCUUGACGCUGUCUUCCUGUCAAAAUGUCUCGUCUGCUUCCCUGCAGAAUCACUCUGCUUUCCCUGGUUUUCUCGUAUCUAUGCACGGAUUUCGCCUGUUGUAACAACGGCAGGAGGGUCGGCGAUUCUCUAGAAACUGAGUUCAGCGGUUUCUCUGUUCCUCUUGAACACUCCUUUGAAGUCGAUGACGGGGCGAAGUUUGUCCUGCGCGGAGCGCUGCUGCUGAAGGCCGGCAGGGAGCCAAGCGUCUCCGUAACGCAGAACCCGCUGUCGGAGGAGGAUCGAGCCAAACUGAAGGAAGUGGCUGCCGUGGACGGUCUCUACAGGAUCCGAGUGCCCCGAGUUUACCUGCAGGCGGACCGACAGUCUGAGCGGCAGCUGGAAGGGUACCUGACCGCCUUCGUCAGAGCUUGCGCCAUGGUGGAGUCUCACCUGAGCGACGUGAUCACGCUGCACACCGACGUGUCCGGACACCUGAUCGGCGUCUCCAUCGUGACGCUGCCCGGCGCCUGCCGCGGCACCGAGGUGGAGGACGAGGUGGACCUGGAGGUCUUCAACACCACGCUGAGCAUCGUGGCUCCCGUCACGGCGCCCGGACCUGAGACGGCCCUGUUCCUCGAACGGAUGGAGCAGGAAUCUGAGAAGAAAGGGAAGAAUCCACAAGAGCAGAAAUCCUUCUUCGCUAAAUAUUGGUAUUUGAUUCUGGGUGGUGCAAUCUUCCUCAUGGCCACCAAUUCGGCACAGCCCCCAGCAGGGGGAGGCAGAGAGCAGAGCUGAGGCCCGCUGAAUGGAUGUACAUCGUGCCUCUCGUCCUCUUCCUCAUGAUGUCCGGCGCUCAGGACCAAUCGGGAGGCGGCGCCGGCGGCGGAGCGGCCAACGGGGGAGGCCGAUGAUCAGCUAGAGAAGACGACAGAUCUAGAACCCAUUUUUAAUUGCUGUACAUAAUGCUAUUUAAGGAACCUGUCACACAACCUGUACAGUACGGAGGAAAUAAUGUGCCCUGCAGACGACUGCCUUUUUAAUACUAAUGUGAAAAUAAAGUAUUUAUUACUUGAA